AUGGCUUCCGGAAAACCCAACAAGCUCGCCUUCCUGUCGAUGACCGCGCCGGCGUCAUAUGUCGCUGGUCUCGGUCGUGGCGCAUCUGGCUUUACGACUCGUUCAGAUAUCGGUCCUGCGAGAGAAGGGCCGUCGGCGGAAACCAUCGCUGAGGCUCAAGCAAAACGCGGGGAGGAACCAGAAUUCGACCCCGAGCAAUUCCAAGACCCCGACAACGAAGUCGGUCUCUUCGCAGGAACUACGUAUGAACAGGACGAUGAAGAGGCCGACAACAUAUACGACGCCGUCGACCGCAACAUGGAUGCACGACGCAAGGCGCGUCGAGAAGCGCGGGAGGACGAGGAACUCGCCAAACACAGAGCGGAGCGGCCCAAGAUUCAGCAGCAGUUCUCGGACUUGAAACGCGGGCUGUCGCAGGUGUCGGAUGCGGAGUGGGAGGGUAUACCCGAAGUGGGGAACUUGACACGGAAGAAGCGAAAGCGCGACGAUAGGAUGUUCGCUGUUCCCGAUUCCGUUGUGGUUGGGGACCGGAGCAAGACCGAGUAUACGAAUGCUCUUGACGCGCAGCAACAAGAGAGCGGUGGAUUCGAGACCCCGGCUGAGUCAGGCACGCUCACCAACUUCGUCGAAAUUGGUCAAGCCCGCGACAAGAUUCUUUCCCUCAAACUCGACCAGGUCUCUGGUGCUGCGACAAACGUGAGCGGGACGAGCACGUCUGUCGACCCCAAGGGCUAUCUCACCUCGCUCGACAGCGUCGUGAUCAAGUCAGAUGCCGAAAUUGGCGACAUCAAGCGUGCUCGCAUGCUCUUCGACUCCCUGGUCAAGUCGAACCCCAAGCAUUCUCCCGGAUGGAUCGCGGCGGCACGGUUAGAGGAACACGCGGGGCGGAUGGUUGCCGCACGUAAGCUUAUCAAGGCUGGAUGUGAUCAGUGUCCGAAGAGCGAGGAUGUAUGGCUGGAGGCAGCUAGACUUCAUCAAAACAGCGAUGCAAAGGUCAUCCUUGCCAAUGCCGUGCAACAUGUGGGGCAGAGUGUCAAGAUUUGGCUUGCUGCUGCUGAUCUUGAACACGACAACAAGUCCAAGAAGCGUGUUCUGCGCAAAGCUCUCGAAAGCAUCCCGAACUCGGUACGACUCUGGAAAGAAACCGUCAACCUCGAAGACUCCGCUCAAGAUGCGCGCGUUCUGCUGGCUCGCGCUGUCGAAGUCAUCCCUCUAUCUGUCGAACUGUGGCUCGCUCUUGCACGCCUCGAGACUCCCGCCAAGGCGAAAGCCGUGCUUAACAAGGCUCGCAAGGCUGUUCCCACUUCACACGAGAUUUGGAUAGCCGCCGGACGCCUGCUCGAACAGGAAACCGCCCCGCAGGCGCCAGAAGCAAACGGCGACGCGAUGAAGACGCUCGAGCUCGUCGAUAAGACGAUCGAGGCCGGUGUGCGUGAGCUGCGGCGACACGGCGUGCUUCUCACGCGCGAACAGUGGUUGCGCGAAGCAGAGAAGUGCGAGCAGGAUGGUUCGCUGCGAACGUGCGCUGCGAUCGUCAAGGCUACGGCCACUGUGGAUAUCGAAGAGGAGGACCGGUACGAUACGUGGGUGGCCGAUGCGGACGCUGCUCUGGGUAAGGGGAUGGUUGGGACGGCGAGGGCUCUGCUGGCGUAUGCGCUCAGGGUGUUCCCCGAUCGGAGGACCUUGUGGAGGAAGGCAGCGGAUUUGGAAAAAGCGUAUGGGACGAGGGAGGCGCUGGACUCGGUACUUGCACGAGCCGUGCAUCAUUGCCCUCAAGCAGAGGUGCUUUGGCUUAUGGCAGCCAAAGAGAAGUGGCUUGCUGGAGAUGUUCCUGCCGCCCGAGAGGUUCUCGAGCGCGCAUUCGUCGCAAACCCCGAAAGCGAACAGAUCUGGCUUGCUGCUGUCAAACUCGAGGCGGAGAACGGAGAGUUGGGCGUCGCGCGCGAGCUUCUCACACGUGCUCGUACUAUCGCAGGAACCGAGCGGAUUUGGAUGAAGUCCGCUGUUUUCGAGAGGCAACAAGGUCGCUACGACCCAGCUCUCGAAGUUGUCAGCACCGCGCUAAGCAAGUACCCCAAGUUCGCCAAGCUGUACAUGAUCCAAGGCCAAAUUCACGAGAAACGCGGAAACCGAGCCGCCGCACGGGCGGCGUUCGCAGCCGGGCUCAAGGCUUGUCCCAAGGACGAGACACUCUGGAUACUUGCUUCGCGCCUCGAGGAGGCCGACGGACGCUCGAUCAAGGCCCGCUCACUGCUCGAGAAGGGAAGGCUCGCAAACCCACAGAACGAGUCACUCUGGGCCGAAGCCGUGCGCGUUGAAGAACGCGCGGCCGCCGCGUCUGGAGGAGGCUCGCAGGCACAGGCACAGGCGAAGGCCGUGCUUGCGCGUGCUUUGCAAGACUGCCCCACGUCUGGCGUGCUGUGGUCGCUCGCGAUCUGGGCUGAGCCCCGGCCGGCGCGCAAGGCGCGGAGCGUCGACGCGCUCAAGAAGAGCAAGGAUAACCCGACUGUCACGUGUACGGUCGCGCGGCUGUUCUGGACGGAGCGCAAGAUUGAGCAGGCGCGGAGGUGGUUUGCGCGAAGUGUGGGUACGGAGCAGGAUAAGGACUUGGGCGAUAACUGGGGCUGGUGGUUGAGGUUUGAGCGGCAGCAUGGAACAACGGAGUACGCCGAGGAGGUGAUUAAGCAGUGUGUCGCUGCGGAGCCUCACCAUUCGCCGGUCUGGCAGUCGAUUGCGAAGGACGACGCAAACGUCGGGAAGAGCACGAAGGAGAUCCUACUGCUCGUCGCCGAUGCACUGCAGUAG